UUGUGUUCCACAGAAGAAAGGAAGUCAUAUGGAUUUGGAACAACCUGAGUUAGUGAGUAAAAGAUGACAGAAUUUUCAUUUUUGGUUGAACUAUUUAUUACUUUAAUCCAAUCUUUUCUUUAUACAACCACAUAACUUAACACAUGAGCGCUGCUGUCAGAACACGUACACUCAGAACACACAGAGGACGCUAUGCCUCUGGCUGCCUGCUUAGGCCUUCCUCUUCUUCUUUGGCUGUGUCUCUUUUAUUCCCAUCUUUAUCCUGUUCACAUUUCCUCCAUGUGUGUCUGGAUGAUGGCAGUUGUCAAGGUGUGCCAUGGUGUGCCCCAGUGAAGGUCAAACACGGUUACGUCAGCUGCCAGUCACCACUUGGGGAACGUUAUAAGAAUGUCCUGGGAACUCGGUGUAAGAUCCGUUGUAAGACCGGCUACGAGAUGCACGGCAGCAGUGAGAUCCUCUGUAUGGCCAGCAAGCUGUGGUCAGGAAAAUACGCCUGCAGAGAAGUCCGUUGUCCUAAACUGGCCAUGCCGUCUAAUGGUGGUUUUAAGUGUUCAGAUGGGUCCUACUUCAACUCACGCUGCCAAUUCUUCUGCUCGCCGGGAUACACACUCCAUGGAGACCACAGCGCCACCUGCCAAAGCAGCAGAACGUGGAGCGGGGGCAACAGUGUGUGCUUGGAUGUGGAUCCUCCAGUGAUUAAGUGUCCUAAUAUAAAGGAGAAGACAGCUGAACCCAGGAAACUCACUGCCAAAGUGACAUGGGACACACCAGAGGGCAAAGACACAGCGGACGGCAUUCUAACAGAUGUUGAACUGAAAGGAAAACCAUCUGGAACCCACUUCCAAGAAGGAAAUCAUAAAUUAUCUUAUACGGUUUUAGACCGGGCUGGAAACAAAGCGACCUGCAGGUUCAAUGUUCGAGUCAGAGUGCGUCGAUGUACUCCUCCUUCUGUUCCUGACAAUGGCUGGAUGAAAUGUGACAGCGGGGGAGAUAAUUACGGGGCCACGUGUGAAUUCCGCUGUCUGGGUGGCUACGAGCUGAGGGGCAGUGCUGCCAGAGUCUGCCAAUUUAACAUGGAGUGGUCUGGCCUGGAGACCUCCUGUGCUCCUAUGAAUAUUAAUGUUGGUGUGCUGUCUGCUGCUGCACUAUUGGAUCAGUUCUAUGAGAAACGCCGCCUUUUGGUAAUCUCCGCCCCGUCUGCUGCCAAUCACAAUUACAGAUUCCAGAUGACUAAUUUACAGUAUGCACAGUGUGGUCUGGACUUAAGGCAUGUGUCAGUGAUUGAGCUGGUGGGGGUGUAUCCAGCUCAGAUUGGCCGCAUCAGACAUAGACUCAUCUCUCCAGGACUAGCUCUGCAACUCAGGUUGCUGCUGCAGCUGUCUCAGAACUCAUUUAGCAUGGUCCUGUUAGAUAAACAGGGUGUGGACAAGCAACGCUACACUUUUCCCAUCACAGCAGCAGAGAUCUUCACCACCAUUGACACCUUUCCUUUGCGCACUGAGGAGGCCAUACUACAGAAAGAGGCUGGACAUGGCUGCUAGACACCCACACACACAGUUCCCUAUUCUUUUGUACUGGAAAUAAGGCUAGCUAAACUACGUGAGAGUCUGGAUAGAGCUGCUACAUUUUAUAUUGAAAACACAUAUGCACACACAUCUUUAAACACAAAUGCAUGAGUGAGUCUCUGUUGUUUGUCUUUUUUAUGAUGCUCUAUUCUAUUUUAUUUGUCUCUAUUUAUGUCAAAGUGGAAAAUCCACUUUUCUAAAGAAAUACUACCAAAACAAUAUUAAUGCAAUAAAGGCCUUUUUGAUGAUUGAUAA